AGACCACAUCUGCGUUGCUAUAGCGCCAACCACCGGCUAGCUAGCUAGAUAUACUAGCGCAAGAGCUGAUCGAAUUGCAAGUGCAAAAGAUGGCUGGGUUCCCUGGCAACAAUGGCGUUGCGCUUGUUGCACUCGUCACCGCGCUUCUCACGUGUGGCUCUUGCGCCUCUGCAGGCUCCUCCGGCUGGCAAGCCGCCAAGGCCACCUGGUACGGCGCUCCUACGGGUGCCGGUCCCGACGACAACGGUGGUGCUUGCGGCUUCAAGAAUGUGAACCAGUACCCGUUUUCGUCCAUGAUCUCGUGCGGCAACGAGCCCCUGUUCAAGGACGGCAGCGGCUGCGGCGCUUGCUACGAGAUACGGUGCACCAAAGUCAACAACCCUGCCUGCUCCGGCAAGGCGAAGAAGAUCAUGAUCACCGACAUGAACUACUACCCCGUCGCGAAAUACCACUUCGACCUAAGCGGCACGGCGUUCGGCGCCAUGGCCAAUCCCGGCCAGAACGACCAGCUCCGCCACGCCGGCAUCAUCGACAUGCAGUUCAGGAGGGUGCCAUGCAAGAACCGGGGCUUGAACGUGAACUUCCGCGUGCAACACGGGUCGAACCCGAACUACCUGGCCGUGCUCGUGGAGUACGCGAACGUGGACGGGACGGUGGUGCAGAUGGACCUCAGGGAGUCCAGGCGCGGGCACCCGAGCGGCCCAUGGAGGCCCAUGCGCCGCUCCUGGGGAUCCAUCUGGAGGCUGGACACCUACCGCCCGCUGCAGGGACCCUUCUCCCUCCGCAUCCGCAGCGAGUCCGGCCAGACGCUGACGGCCAAGCAGGUCAUCCCGGCCAACUGGAAGCCCGACACCGACUACCGGUCCAGAGUCCAGUUCCGUUGAUCUCGAUCGGUAGUGUUGCAUGUGUGAUUGGGAAGUACUCCCUUGAAUUUUAAAUUUGGUACUACGUUAUGGGGUCUCGAUUCAAC